AUGCAGAGAAUUUCGGCGUAUCUGAAACUGCGGAAAAAUGUGUUCGAAGGUUUGCGACGACAAACGAAAGUCAAAUUUGGAAGUUGCGAAGAACUGUGUGAGCAUAUUGGAGAUGGUUUGUGCGACAUGAUCGACAAUGGAACAGUGACGCUCCAGCAAGCAAUCGAGGACUCCAUUCAGUUUUCUAUCGUCAACGCCAAGGACUCCGAGAGCCGUUACUUUUCGUGGCUCACCCUUCACAUGACACUAGGAUUAUGUUUCAAGUACAGAGUUGACGAUAAGGGUCUAGUCCGGGAUAUUUUAGUGACUCUACUUCCGUUCAGCCAUGGAGUGGAUUAUGGGAUAUAUCUUCGUGAUCUCUUGGAAGGAUUUCGACAACCCAGUGUGUCGUCUGUCAUAAAUUUGUCACAGACUUCUACUUCCCUUUCAAUGGACAAGUCGAUGUAUUUUCUAAAAUAUUCGGCUGGGAUGUCCAUCAAUCUCAGGGACGAACAGAUACGGAAAUCUCUAUUCGAUGGAACUGGUCGUGCAGUUUGGGCAGAACUCUUGGAUCGAGAAAAAUGUCAAUUUUUAGAUCUGCCGAUUGCGCAUGCUCAUCUUCAACCAAUGAUGAUCCACCAACCAUUAACUGCGAGUCUGCAAGUUUCAUCAUUACUGCUAGCCAUAAUGAACAUCAAACCGGAAGUGGUAUUAAUGUUGCUAAGGCAUGGCGCGUCUGCGGAAGGACCACCAUUACGAUACUUACUCCGGACGCUUGGAACUAUUAACAUCUUUCCUGGUGGAGCAACGAAAUAUUCCGCACCCAUUGUUAUGCUUGCGGAUUGUCUGAACUACUGCUUACGGACAUUGUGUUACGUUCAUUUCAAAACGGAGAUGGAAACUAUAGGUAACAAAGCUGCGCAUGCUUAUUACGUGAAAAGUGACGUUUGUAAUUUCGUUCCAAAAUGGACGAUGGGUGGUGUGGCGCCGUUGAAACAUAUGGCGAGGUGUUGGAUCAGACUUAGACUGAUUGAGAAUGACCAGUUACAGGACGGUAUAGAAAACCUGGAGAUACCGUCCACAUUACAGAAAUACCUAGAUCUUCAAUGUUAA